AUGCCCUCCCGUCAGCUCCUUUCAACCCUAAUAACAUCUCUCAGCAAUACCCGCUGGACCCUAACUCGGACCCUCCGAAGCGACAAUCCCCUCGACCUAAACGGCGAGCUCCGCGGGACCGCAACUUUCACCGCACAACCCCCCACCACAACCCCCGAUCGCGACUGGCUAUACUGUGAAGAAGGCGAAAUACCUAGCAAUGUCGGUGUAGGUGCCUUACAGCCAGGCCUACGGUGGACAAAGAAAUACAUAUGGCGCCUAGGCAGCGAUAGUGGACGCGUGAGCGUCUGGUUCGUGAAAGUCGCGCCGGGCCCGGAAGAAGCAGACUACCUAUUCCACGAUUUCGACUUUGAUUCGGGUUCCGAUUCACUGCUAGAGGCCGAAUCUGGGUCUGCGCAGAAGGACCCGGGGGAAUUUGUCGCGCCGCCAAUGCCGCCCGCGGUCUCGACUAGCAAUGAGACUACUGUGCUCAAUGCUAGGGGUAAUCACCUCUGUAUCAAUGAUAUGUAUCGCACGGCAUAUGCGUUCCGCAUUGCGCCAGAUACCGGGGAGGUGCUGAGCUGGGCCAGUCGUCAUGUUGUGCGUGGGCCGAAGAAGGGCCAGGAGAUUGUCAAUCGAUAUGAGAAGGGGGUGUAA